CCUCAGAGAUCAGAAAGGCAUUCAUGUCAAUUUCGGCAACUGAUUCUUCUGCAUCCCUUUUGUGUUAAUUUUAACUCUCUCCCCUCACACUACUUAGCUACCCCAAACUUACUCAACAUUGUAAAGCAUCCUCACUGCACAUCGCCAUCCCAACAAUGGCUCUUCACAUCCUCUUGACAUGGCUUGCUCUUUCCCUUCCUCUCCUCCUCCUCCUCCUCUCGGUGAAAAAUUUCAGAAAGAAAAACCAAGCCACCACGUCGACUACGACUACGACGAUGAAGGAGGAGAAGAAGAACCUCCCUCCGGGGCCUCCGUCACUCCCCAUCAUAGGCAACCUCCACCAGCUCGGCCACUUGCCUCACCAGUCUUUGUGGAAACUUUCUAGACAGUAUGGCCCCGUCAUGCUCAUCCACCUUGGUGGCAUCCCCACUGUCAUCGUCUCCUCCCCCAGCGCCGCCGGGGAGGUCCUCAAGACCCAUGACCUUGAAUGCUGCAGCCGCCCUCGGCUGGUUGGCACGGGACGCCUCUCCUAUGACUACCUUGAUAUUGCCUUCGUCGAGUACGGCGAUUACUGGAGGGAGCUGAGGAAGCUGGUCGUGCUUGAGCUGUUUAGCGCCAAGCGAGCCCAGUCCUUCCGAUACGUCAGGGAAGAGGAGGUGGGUUCUAUGAUUGAGUUGAUCACGGAGUCAGCAGAGAACAGAACUCCGGUCAAUAUGAGCGAGAAGUUUAUGGCUCUGACAGCUAACAUCACUUGCAGGGUCGCAUUUGGGAAGGCGUUUCAGGCGACGGAAUUCGACGAUGGAAGGUUAGUGCAUAUGAUUCAUGAAGCCUUGGCAAUGCUGGGAAGCUUCUCGGCAUCCGAUUUUUUCCCUCGAUUCGGCUGGAUCGUGGACAGGUUCACGGGGCUCCAUUCGAGAUUGGAGAAGAGCUUUCGCAAUUUGGAUGUUAUCUAUCAGAAGGUGAUUGACGAGCAUCGCAAUGCAAAUAAGAGCAACGAGGAAGAGGAGGACAUUGUCGAUUUGCUGCUGAAGAUGGAGAGGGAUCAGACUGUGCUCGCGGGGGUCCGGCUCAAGGAAGAUAACAUCAAGGCCAUCUUGAUGGAUAUAUUUAUAGCUGGAGUGAACAGCAGUGCACUUGUCAUGGACUGGACAAUGGCCGAGCUCGCCAGGAACCCGAGGGUGAUGCGAAAAGCUCGAGCGGAGAUCCGGAGUUGUGUUGGAAACAAGAAAUGGAUCGUGGAAGACGACCUCCACGAGCUCAAAUAUCUCAAGUUAGUACUCAAAGAGGCAAUGAGGUUACACCCUCCAAGUGUACUCCUCCUCCCGAGGGAAACAGUGGACCACUUCAAGCUGUUUGGCUACAAUGUCGACCCGAAGACCCGUGUCCAGGUCAAUGUGUGGGGCAUCGGGCGGGACCCAAGCCUGUGGGAGGGCCCAGAGGAGUUUGUGCCCGAGAGGUUCGAGGACAGUCCGAUCGAUUACAAAGGGAAUCAUUUUGAACUGUUGACUUUUGGGGCGGGACGGAGAGGAUGCCCGGCGAUUUCGAUGGGGAUGGCAGUAGUCGAGCUAGCGCUCGCCAAUUUCUUGCACUCUUUCGACUGGGAAUUGCCAGAGGGGAUGACAGAGGAAGAUGUGAGCAUGGAGGAAGGGGCUGGCCUGACCGUGUUCAAGAAAUUGCCUCUCAUUCUAUUGCCGGUUAAGCCAUCGCAUUAAAUCAAUGAAUGACAACAAAAACAUCAUACACCGCGUUAAUUGUGAUGAAGCGUCCGAAUGUUGCCCAGUUCUAUUUUAUAGCAGACAAAAUUUCCAUACA